GUAUUAUAUUUUCAAAUGGUCAUGUUUGGAAGCAGCAGAGACACAUUGGCGUCGGUUCUUUACGAAAACUGGGAAUGGGAAAGAAAAGCAUUGAGCACCAGAUACAAGAAGGAUCCCGCUUGCUUGUAGAGGUCUUUGCACGUACAAAAGGGCAGCCUUUUGAUCCUUUCAUUCCAUUAACUAAUGCAGUCACUAAUGUGAUAUGUGCUUUGACUUUUGGACAUCAGUUUGCUCUUGAAGAUGAAAACUUCCUGAAAUUAAUUGAAGCAAUUAAUUACAUGGUAAAAUUCUCAGCCAGCUUUUUUCAUUUGUUAUAUGAGUUGUUCCCGGGGUUGAUGAAAAAGCUCCCGGGGUCUCACAAGAAGACACUAUACUAUUCAGAAUUUGUCAUUUCAUUUGCAAAGCAACAAAUGGAGAAGCACAAGAAUUAUCACGCCCUGCAUGAACCACAGGAUUUCAUUGAUUACUAUCUAUUUCAAAUAGAAAAAAGCAAGCAUGACUCCAAUACUACCUAUAAUGAAGAGAACUUGGCUCAAUGCGUUCAUGACCUUUUUCUUGCUGGAACAGAAACAACCUCUGUUACCAUGAUGUGGAUACUGCUCAUCCUGGCAAAUCAUCCCAAUAUCCAAGAAAAGGUCUGUAAGGAGAUUGAAGAUGUCUUUGGUUCCUCAGACUCAAUUUCCUAUCAAGAGCGGAAGAAGCUGCCCUACACCAAUGCUGUGAUUCAUGAGAUCCAGCGUCUAAAAUACAUAUUAUUAUUUGGGGUUCCCAGACAAAGUAUAAAGGAUGUGAAGAUGGAAGGUUUCCAUAUUCCAAAGGGGACCAUUAUUGUGCCAGAUCUGCGCUCUGUCCUUUUGGAUCCUGAAGAAUGGGAGACACCUGAAAAAUUCAACCCAAAUCACUUUUUGGACAAAGAUGGGAAUUUUAAGGCUCAAGAAGCAUUUCUGCCAUUUGGAAAAGGGUCUCGUGUGUGUUUGGGAGAACAGUUGGCAAGAAUUGAGAUCUUCAUUAUGCUAACCAGCCUGUUGAAGACCUUCAGCUUCCAGCUGCCUGAAGGAGAGAAGGAGCUCAAUGACAAGCCUAUAGUAGCAAUGUCGAUGCAUCCACAUCCUUUUAAACUCUGUGCUGUGCCCCACCAAACAUCAUCAUAAACUCUGUAAAAUUACUAUACUUAUUAAACAUGUAAAUGUUUCUUUUCUUGCUUUUGACUAAGGUUGAUCUCUUGCUAUGAAUUAAAUUCAGUCCAGGAAGUCCUAAUACUUUGUCAUGCUAGGGGCUCCAUGUGUACAACAGUUAAGUUUCUUUAAUUUUCCUUUUGAUGAAGUUUUCUGCAGUAAGGAAAUAGCUUACCUUCAAUUUACUUGCCUGUAGUUAUUCCUGCA